AUGGCACUUCCCUCGGACACACUCGUUCACUCCCUUGGUCAUAAUACCUUGGGAAAGAUAGAUAUCGCUGUUCAAUCGGUGCUUUUGGCUAUUGUUUUUGUUUCCGUCGGUCUGCGGUUAUGGUCACGACCAUUGCAGUGGAUUUCACUGCAAUUGAAUGAUUUGUUGAUUAUACUUGCCAUGUUCUUUAUGGUCGGUCGCUAUGUGGUGGAAAUCAUCAUGGUCGUGCUGUGUGGAAUGGGGCUGCAUUCCACCGAAGUAGCCCAGGUCGGAGGGUCCGAGGUUUUGGUCCAAUUCCAUCAGCUUACAUAUGCGGGUGAUCUUCUCUGGGUCACGAUAAUCGCCUUGAUCCAGUUGUCAGUUCUCAGCUAUUAUGUGCACAGAUUUGGUCAGCGCACUAUUACCUUGCUAGCAUAUGUCCUUGUGGGUCUAUGUUCGUCUCUCUGGAUUGCAGGCUUCUUUGCAACUGCGUUCUUCUGUACCCCGCCGAAAAGAAUAUGGCUUCCCGACACUCCGGGCCAUUGCGGUGAUCGCGAGAUGCUGCAUACCGGCGUCAUUGCGAGUGAGACAAUUCUUAGCUUCUUUAUUGUCAUUCUUCCUACCCCCUUGAUAUGGGAUAUGCCCAUGUCGAAGACUAGGAAGACUUCACUGGCGUGUAUCCAAGUGCUGGGGCUGGCCAUUGUUACCAUUAUUGCUAUCCGCAUGAAAAUCGACCUCGACAUCGACCCAAAAGACCCAACCUAUGGCUCUGCCAGGAAGUCAAUACUGUCAUGUAUCGUGCCUCUCCUGGGAAUAAUUGUUGCCUGUCUCCCGACUCUGGAGCCAGCCAUUCAAAGGAUUUUCAGGAUAUCAGCGCUUCCCUCUCCAGCCCAUACAUCUAUAUAUGAUCCGACGUUUGCGAGAUAUUGGAAGACGACGGUUCUUUCGGGUAGAGGGAUGGAGGAACCGGAGAUGCCUCUAGUCAGUCUUGCGCAGCCUUUCGUGGCAAAGAUGGGUUAUCUUGCUCCUGGGGAUAUUCAGGUCACUUCUCAUUGGGAGAUUCAUUCGUCGCGAGGUUCGGCGAGGUUUGAUAAAUCACCCGUACGGCAGGCCUGA